AUGCUUCAUCCAACAAACCAAACCACACUGGAUGACUCCAAGUUCUACGGAGACUGGCGAGAUGAGUUGUUCCAAAAUGGGUAUGUUGUGAUCAAGAACGCGAUCCCAAAGGAAAGAUGCAAUCAUUACAUUGAGAAGAUGUUCCAAUGGCUGGAGAGCUUUCCAUUGGGAUUUGACAGGUAUGACCGCUCAACAUGGACCGACUGCCACCUACCUGAGCAUAUCAAGGGAGGAAUGUAUCACGGAUACCGUGUUCAGCAUGAGAGAUUUAUGUGGGAGGCGCGAUCAGAGGCAGGGGUCAUUGAUGCCUUUGAGAAACUCUGGGGAACAGACAAGCUUCUCGUAUCAUUUGAUGGCAUGAACUUUGUUCUUCCCUCUGGAAAGCCUUUGCCCCAGACUCAGCCGUGGCCGCAUAUUGACCAAAGUCCACUGAGAGAGGGAAUGCAGUGCGUCCAGGGCAUCUUGAACUUUGCCCCCAAUGGCCCCGAUGAUGGUGGACUUCUUGCCAUGAAGGGAUCAACGAAGCUGAUGCCCGAAUUUUUCAAAACUCAUCCAAAGACCAUGAACAGACCAACAUGGGGACCUAGCGACUGGUUUGGGUUUGAAGAGAAUGAAGUAAAAUGGUUCGAGGAGAGAGGAUGUGAGGUCCAGAAAGUGAAUGCCGAUGCUGGUGAUCUUAUUCUCUGGGAUUCUCGCACUAUGCAUUAUAACUGCGUUCCGUCAUCUCAGAACAUACGUGCCGUUAUUUAUGCAUGCUAUACGCCAGCUUCGUUUGCGAAACCAGAGACUUUGCAGCAAAAAGGCAAAUUAUUCGAUCAAAGAAUUGGAACGACACAUUGGCCCCAUGACAAUUUAUUUACGGAAACUAGCUAUGCGAAGCGUCCUGGAGAGGAUAAUGAAGAGGCGACGAAGCGCCUGUUUGAAGAACCUCUAGAGACGGAUUUGAUCUUGAAGCUGGCUGGAAAGGCGCCUUACUAG